AUGGGCUGUUCAAAUGCUCGUUUAUUGGUACAAACAUCAUUAUCUGAACCAAAUGCUAUAACAAAUUUAAAUACGAAUAAUCCUCUCAAUCCAUUACCAACAACAGUAACAACAUCCAAUGAAACAUCACCAAUUGGUAUUGUUACUGAUACAAAUAAUAUAACAACACGAAUGCAUUUAACAGGAGUUGAUCUUGUUGUUGAAAGAAAUGGAUCCUAUACACUAUUACUAACACCAAAAACUCAUAAACAGUUAAUGCCCUAUGUAUUGCGAAAGAAACGAUUUCGGAUUCUCGUUGACAAAUCUCGCUCGCAAGAAACAUCUACUGUUAAUGUACCAUUAUCAUCUUAUUAUUUGACAAAUAAAGAACGAAUUAUGGAAAAUGAUAAAGAAUUAAAAUUAAAUGAAAAAAAAUCUAAAAAACAAAUAAACGAUAAUAUGGAAACAACAAUUGAAAAUGUUCAACAAGUUGCAACAAAUGAACUUGAUAAAGCUAAAGCACGUUUUAUUGGUGGUCGAAGUAUUGAUCGUGGUGAUCCUGAAAAUGAAAAUAUUCAAUCAGAUGAUGAAGGUAUGAUUGAAGAAAUUGUAACAACUGUUGAAGAAGAUAAAGAUCUUGAAUGUAAAGUUAAAAAGAAAAUUGAAACUAAAAAAACAAUUGCAGAAGAUCCUGAAACACAUAAUAAAAUAACAAAAGUUGUUAAAACUGAAGUUACUGAAAUAACACGUACAAUAACAAUUAAUGAUCAGCAUGAUCUUGAACGUGCUAAACGUGAAUUAGGUAUCGAUGAUGUUAGUAAAUUAUUAUCAUCAACACAAAUAAGAUAUAAUACCCCAACAUCGUCAUCAUGGAUUGAUCAACCACGUUUAAUACAUGUACAAGAAAAAUAUUAUGAACCAUCAAAUGAAAUAGUUACAUCAGGUGAUUUUCCAUCUGAUAGUCCAAUAAAACAACAUUCACCUACAAUUAAUCAUAAUGAACAAGAAUCUAAACAAGACCAAACAUUAGCUGAUGCAACAACUGUUGGACGUGGUCCUGUUACUGAAACAUUAUCGUCAUCUUCUUCUCAACCAAUAUCAUCACAACAACAACGACCAACAACAACAAAUGAUAAAUCAAAACAAAUUGAAGUAAAACAAAAGAAAAAGAAAUCAAGUCUUAAUUUAUGUUCAUGUGCACGUAAUACAACAAAUGAUCAUGAUGAAGAACAACGUAAACAAAAAGCAGCAACUAUAGUUGAACAAAAAUCUAAACAAAAAAAGAAAGCAUCAAGUACAACAACACAACCAAUACUUACAUCAACAAAUAUUGAAAAUGAAUCUCAAAAUCAAGGUCAAAAGUUAAUAUCCGAUGAUAUUAAAAAAUUAAUUAAAGAUAAAAAAUCUUUAUUAAUUAAUUAUAUACAUUUAAAAAUUUUUUUACCAUCAAAAUUAUUUACAACAAAUGAACAAGAUUUAAAAGGAAGAAAAAUUUCAUCACGUAUUCUUGAUUUAUUACAACAUGAUCGUUGUUCAUCAUGGAAUAAUUUAUUUGAACAAUUAAAAAAUGAAUAUUCAGAACAAUUAUCACCAAAUUUAUUUAUUCAACCAAUGGUUAAAACAUAUGAAGAUUUAUUUACAACAAAACAAUCAAAUUUAUUAAAUACAUUUUCAACAAUACAUAAUGAAAAAGAUAUUAAAAAUUCAUCAGAAAAUAGUGAUUAUAUAACAAUUGUACAAACACAUAUUAAUGAACGAGAUCAUCAACCAAAUAUUAGUGUUAUUACUAAACCAAUUGAAGAUACACUUCAACGUUUACAACAUCAUGGUCAAUCUGAUGAAAAAGUAAUUGACGACGAUCACGAAAAAAAACAACCAGCAUUAGUUCAUACGAAAGACGUUGAAAUGUCUGAUAAUAUAAAGAAAAAUUUACGUGUUUAUAAUGAAGAACAAUUAAUAAAAAUGCUUGCUGAUAUAUCACCACAUAAACCAAUAACAUUAGCUGAAGCAAUAGCAUAUGGAUAUAUUGAUUUAGAUGAUCCAAAAUUAGGUUUAUCAAAUGAUACAAUUCAACGUAUGAAAAAUUUAUUUCGUCCAUUAUUAUAUGAUGAUGAAUCAACAUUAAAUUUAAUACGUAUUAAACGUUCAGGUCAAUAUUUAACUGAUUUUAAUCUUAGUGAAACAAAUCCAUUUGAAAAAUUUCAUCUAUCACAACCAUUUAUAUAUCAAUUACAACAAUCAUUUGAACCAACACUUGACUUAAAUGAAAAACAAUUUCGUUCAUUAACUGAAGCUAUUUUAAAUAAUAAAGAUGAAUAUUCUAAUUUACAAUUCGAUAUUGGAAGAUCAUUAAUACCAGCUGAUGAUAUGAAAGAAUCAUCAACAAAUGAUUUUAGUCAAUCUGAUUCAGGUUAUUCAAUGACAACAGCAACAUAUGAAAGUUUAGCAAGUAAAAUUAAAAAUGAAUUUGAACCAAUAAAUGAACCAACAACGGAUCAAUUGAAUGAAUCGAAUAAAAGUAUAGGUCAAACUAAUAGUACAUAUUCAAAAGAGAUCGUAACAGAAACAGUUCAACAAACAAAAGAAAAUUUUGAUGAUAAAAAAAAUGAUUUAAUACAAAAAUCAUCAAAAUCAAAUGUAACAACACCUAUUUAUAUAAAAAAACGUAAAUCAACUGGUCGAUUUUCUUGUUUUGGAAAUAAAAAAGCAAAAGCAUCACUAGAACAACAGAAUCAACCAAUAAUAACAUCAUCAAUUACUCUAGAUAAUAAUCAACAAAUAAAUAUUCCUAUUCAAGAAAAACCUACAAUUGAUUAUACGAUUUUGCCUGAUGGUAAACGUAUUUAUAUUGAUGUUUUUCGUGAUCGACCUGGCCUUGAUAUGUCAUAUAAACCAAAAGAUUUCGAUACUCAAUUCGUUCUACCUGUUACAAAAUCACCAAUUGAUUAUGAAAAAUCAAUAAUACCUGAAAAUACAGAAUUACAAUCAACUACAAUUGAACAAAAACCAAUUGUACAUUUAGAACCACGUUCACCAAUAAUCGAACCAAUAAAUCUUCAAUCGGAAAUAAUCGAUGAAAAACCAAUUGUAAAUUUAGAUGCACAACAACCAAAAAUUGAAUCAAUUAAUGUUCAACCUGAAAUUGUUAAACAUAAAACAAUAACACAUUUAGAAGCACGAUCACCAACAAUUGAACCAAUUGAUGUUCAAUAUGAAAAAACAUCAAUUGUUGUUCCAUUAACAAGAAAAACUGAUGAAUCAACUAGUUCAAAACCAACUAUAAAUUUACAUGGUGCAGCUGUAGAUUUACCUGAAAUUGAAUUAGUUAAACCAGGACCAUUACCAACAUUACCUAUAACAAAAGAAAAACAUAAAAAACCAAAAGAAUUAGGUACAACUGACAAAACACCUAAAGUUAAAAAAUCAACUGGUGGUUUAUGUGCAUCAUGUUUUGGUACAAAAGCAGCUGAAAAUAAGAAAAAAGAAUUAACAUCUAAAACUCUUCAAGCACCAAUUGAACAAAAGAAAAUAAUUGGACAAGAAAAAAAAGAUAAUAUACCAUCAACAACAAUUAUUUCAUCAGCACCAACAAUUGAAUCAAUACCAGUACCAGUAUUACCAACAAAAACAACAACAACAACAACAACAGAUGAACAAGUUAUUUUACCUAGUGUCGAAAUCGAUAAAGUUGAAGAACAAACUACUGGGGAUCUUCCAAAAUUAGAAGAUCGUUUAGGUGCAACUAUUGAAAAAUUAAUAAUCACUGAAGAACCACAUUAUCAAUUACCAUCCAGCGAGCCUGUGCCGCUACCUGAAUAUUCAAUACCAGAACCAAAUACUUAUGAUACUCCUCGUUCAUUGGAAACACCAACUAUUGAAACACCAACUAUUGAAACUACUCAAACAAAUACAGAAGAAAAAAUUCUUACAAGUGAAAUAUCUCCUGAAAUUUUAACACUCGAAAUAAAAAAACCUGUUGAUGAAAUUAUGCCACCAAUAGAACAAAAAAUUGAAUCAACAAUAACAACAAAAUCAGAAACAAUGCCAAAUGUUGAAAUAAAUGAAUCAACUAAAAAAGGUUCAUAUACAUUACCAACAAAAAAAUCUAAAACUAAAAAAUCUAAACAACCAAAAGUUAAAACCGAAAAAAAGCCAAGUCUAUUUUCAACAUUAUUUCGUCAUAGUGAUCAUAAAUCUAAAGCACCAACACUUAAUUUACCAUCAGUUGAACAAGAUUUAACACGAACAAAAGAAACACAUACAAAUACUAAGGUUCCAUUACAUGCACCAAAUAUUGAUUUACCUAAACUUGAUAUAUCAUUACCAAAUUAUGAUCGACCUGAAGUUGAUAUGACAAGUGGACAAAUAAAACAAUCAUCAGAAUUUUCAAUACCAGCUGUUGAUUUACCACCAAUACCGAAUUUAAAUUUACCCGAUACUAAUAAAUCAACAAUUGAUACACCAAUUGAUCCAUUAAAAGUUCCAAAUAUACAAUUACCUGAACUUCAAUUAACAUCAAAUGAACAAGAAAAUGUUAAAUUACCUGAAAUACAUUUAAAAUCUGAAAAAGAAAAAUUACCCGACGUUUCAUCAACUAUUGGUAUUAAAGAUGAUAAUAAAAUAGAAAAUUUACCAACAAUUACAGAUGGUUUAGCAUUAGCAUCACCUGUUAAUGAUAUGUUAGCAAUUCAAACUGAUAAAAAAAAUUUUCCGAUUGAAACAGAUUCACCAAUCCCAGAUUUACCUAAAAUACCUUCGAAUGAAACUGAAAUUCUAAUUAAACCAGAAUUAUUAUCAACUGAACAAAAAUAUACAACUACAGAAACACAUUUUGUACAACCACCAGAAUUACCAACAAUAAUUAAUAAACAAACAACUGAAAAUUAUGAAAUUCCACCAAAACUUCCUGAUUUUACAUUUCAAAUGCCUUCAACAGAACCUAUUUCAACAUUAUCAAGAGAUAUAAGUAUAUCUCCACCAUCAUUUGAAAAUGAAUUACCAACAGAUACAUCAAGAAUAGUUCCAGCUGUUGAAAUUUCAACAUCACCAAUAAAAUCUACUAAAAAACAAAUUAUUGAACCAAAAGUUGAAAUUAAAAAAAAAUCAUCAACACCUGCACUUUGUUCAUGUUUUGGUAAUAAAUCUCAAACACAAAAAGAAAAAACAAAAACAAUUGCUGCACCUAAAGCUAAUUUACCGGAAGUUAAUAUACCUAGUCCAUCAUCAAAUGUAUCUUCAACAUUAAAAACUAAAGGUUCAUUACGUGCACCAAGUAAUGAUUUACCAGCAGUUGAUUUAACAUUACCUCAAACAGAAUCUGUUCGUUUACCAACAACUCAUACAACUGAAAAAAAACGACAAGCACCAACAAAACCAAUUGUUAAUGAAGAAAUUGUUUUAUCUCGACCAAUUGUUACAAGUUCAGAAGUUGUUCUACCUACUACAACAACACCAACAAUAGAUGAUGUUCAUUUACAACAAACUGAUACUAUUCGAUCAAUUGAAGUUAAAGCUGAUGAAGAUCUUUUAGUUAAACCAUUGACUUUAGAAAAACAAAUUGAUGGUCAAUCAUCUAUUACUGUACCAUCAGUUGUCAAUGAAAAACAAUUAGACGAACAAAUUAAUAUUCGAUCACCAACUGUUAUCGAAACACCAUUAAAAGAAGAAGUUAAAAUUGAAUCAAUUACUACAACAACUCCUAUUGAAAAGCAAUCAGUAGAAGAAAUCAAAGACAAACAAAUUGAAUCGAAAAAAGUUUCAUCAUUUGAAAUAAAAGCACCAGCAUUACAUAUACCCGAUCUUGAUUUAGCUGCUCCACCAAAAACUGAUGCUUAUAUAUCAUCAAUAAAACAAGAACAAACAACAACACAAUCUCGUUCAGACAGUGGCCUUGAAGCAAUAAUUUCAUCUCAUAUUCAUCCAUCAUCAACAUUUGGUACAAUUCAAACAAUUGAAGAUCUUAAUCAACAUCCAUCACUUAGUUCAGGUUUAGGUAGUGAAAUAAUUGAUAGUGUAACAACAAAAGAUAAAACAUUACCUGAUAUUCAACAACAAAAUUUAACAACAGAAUCAAAAAUUGAUAAUAGUUUAUUAAAACAUGAUUUUACUCGUAAAAUAACAAUGAAUGAUGAUUUACGUGCUAAAUUAAUAUUUCGACAAAAUGAAUUAAAAAAAUGUUUAGAAACUGAAAUAUCAAAAUCAAUUGAUGAUUUCGAUACAAAAAAAGAUCAAAAAUCAUUAAAUAAAAUUCUUACACAUGCUAUUGAUUUAAUUAAAGAUAAGAAAGUAACAACAUAUCCUGAAUUAAAACAAAAAUUAAUUGUUGAACAUAAAAAUGAUGCUUUUAUUGUUGAUCCUGUUGUACGUUCACUUUAUUUUACUAUUGAAAAUCAAGGGUUAGAUAAUCUUGAUAAACCAGAAUUUCCAUUGGCUAUUCGUGAUAUGGUUCGUCUUCCGGCUAAACAAACAUAUGAGACAGUAACACACAUUAACAAAGAUGUAAAAAAAGAACCAACUCAUACAUCUCAAGAGCAACCAACAAAUCGUUCGUGUUUAACAUGUGGUCGUUCAAAAUCUAAGCAAAAAACUUCAUCAACAAUACCAAAACCAACAACAACAAUAACACAUACUGGUUUACUCGAUGAACGUCGUCGUGGACAAUUAAAUACACAUCGUAAUGAACUAGGUGAUAUUUUACGUGCUCAUAUUCAAUCAAGUCAACCAUCAAUAAGACAAUUUCCUGAACAUCCAAAAGAAAUUGAUAAAAUAGUUCGUAAAAGUUUAAUACUUCUAAAUCAACCAAAAAUUCUAUCAUAUGAACAAAUUCGUAAUGAUUUAAAAACUGAAUAUAAACAAACAUUUUAUCUUGUUGAUCCGAUAGUUGAUAUCACACGUGAUACAUUGGAUCAUUGUGAUAUAACACAAAUGAAAGAAAAAAUAAAUCUUGAUAUAUUAGAUUCAAAUAUAACACAAACAGCUAAUUUAUAUAAUCAAAUAUAUAAUCAAUCAAAUUUAUUAAGUACAGCAGAAUAUAAUUUAUUAAAAUCUAAUCAAUUACAAUGGUUAAAUCAAUAUUUAAUUGAUAAUGAAUUAAAAAUGAAAAAAUUAACACGAAAACAAACAAAAGAAUUACAUAAAAUAUUAAAUCGUACAUUAGAUUUACUUUCAUUAAAUUUAAUAUAUACAUGGGAUGAAUUAAAUGCACAAUUACGACGUGAAUUUCCUAAAGCACAUGAUUUAUGUGAUCGUUCAAUUGAAUUAAUAAAACAAGCACAAAAAGAUGGUUUAUUAUUAUUACAACAAUCACCAAAUACAAAUCAACAAGAUUUAACAUCAAUUAAUGUUAUAAGUGCUAAUGGAAAACGACGUGCAUCAUCAUUAUUAACUGAACGUGCAAAACAAAAUAUUCAAACAAAUCGUAAAAAAAUUAUUUCAUCAAUAACAAAUUUAUUAUAUGAUUAUAAUAAACCAUUAUAUAAUGAAAAUCAAAUUGAAACAUAUGUUAAUAAAACAUUUCAUUAUUUAGAAGAAAAAAAAAUUGGAGAAUUUAAAACUUAUAAUGAUUUAAAAGAUAGAUUAAAAAAAGAUUUUAAACAUAAUCAUGAAAAAUUAAUUGAACAAAUUGUCGAUAUUAUUGAACAAGCACAUGCUACCAAUCAAUUUGAUGAUAUUGAUAAACCAGAAGUACAAACUUUAAUGAAAGAUCGAUUAGAUGGAAAACCUUUAGUUAUUAAAGAAAUGUAUGUUUCAUUACCACCACGUACAGGUACUUAUGGAACAUCAAAAUAUACAAAUGAUGAAUCUUCACGAUAUUUAUCAACAUCAAUUAAUGGUGAUCAAACAAUGAAUAGUAGUACAUCAUCACAUCGUGUUGCUCGUGGUCUUAGUUGGCGUGAAGCAAAUGAACGAGCUAGAAUUUUAUUUUAUCGUGGUAAACAUCCAGCUAUACAUUAUGAUGAACAAGCAGCUGGUUUUGAUGUACGAAUGUUACUUGAAACAACAUCAGGUGGUACACAAGAAAUACCUGUUACAGACAGUGAUGUUCAUGAAUUAUUGAAUUCAUGUGGUGUUCAAUGGGAUGGUGUUAAUAUAAUAUCAUUAGUUGAUCAUAGUGAAGAUGUUGUACGUGCUGCUGAACAAGCUGCAUUAAAAGUAAUACGUGAAAAAGGUCUUGUCGAUUUACGAACACCACCACCAACAAGAAAUACAGAUGAUAAUGAUGAACCCUUAUCAUCAUAA